GUAUUAUAAUUUGUAAUUGAUAAAACAUAACCAAAAAAAAGCUGAUCAUUCUUGAUCGCCGAUCGGCAUUCGGCGUAGCCUUGAAUUCUUGAGUAAGUUAAUUCUCGAAUUUAUAUUAUUUAAUUGUUUAUUAAUUUAACUGUGAUACCUAUACUAGUAAAACUUCAUUUUCAUAAGUUCCAUACAAGUUGACUUGUAGGUACAUUUAGUUUACAUCGCUGCAUGUUUUACCAUUGAUGAACAAAAUCUUCAAUUAUUUAGGGAACUUGGUUUGGGAUUGAUGCUCACAACUUACGCAUCAAACACGUAUACAGAAAUCAACAUAAUCACUGAACUGAGUUGCUGUCUUAUCAUAUUAAAUUGUUAACUUCGACAGUGUGUUUUUCGUUGUACAGUUUUUCUACUGUGGAGAAUACAGUAAAUACGACCCCAUCAACCUAACCUUCAUUCUUGAAGAAUCAAAUAUUUAUGAACAGUUAUUUACCACCUUCAGAAAAGAAAAUGUUCAGUUUAGAGGGCGACGAUAAAGCCAAUAGAGGAAUGUUAACCAGUUUUCCAUCAGUUCCAUCUCCAUAUUUGAACUAUGACCCUCAACUUCUACCUCAGUCAUCUCAGCCAGAAUAUAUAUUUCUGGAAGGAGCUGGUUCCAAACAACGUGGGCGUUUUGAAUUGUCAUUUACAGAAAUCGGUACAUCAUGUUUGAUUGGUGCUACAAUUGGUGGCAUACGUGGAAUAUACAGUGGUAUAAAAAUGACAUCCAUGGAAAAUCAAACUAGUACAUACAAUAGAACACAAAUCUUAAAUAGUGUUUUUAAAAAUGGAGCACGUUUGUCUAAUACAUUUGGAACAUUAUCUGUAUACUAUAGUAUCUUCGGUAUCAUAUUAGAAAAAACCCGGGGAUGUGAAGAUGAGCUUAAUACAAUCGUAGCAGGAACAAGCACUGGACUUUUAUACAAAGCUACAAGUGGUCUUAGAAGAUGUGGUAUUGGUGGUUUAAUUGGAUUCAGUCUUGCUACAGCAUUCAGUCUGAUUACAUCAAGAGAUAAAAUUAAAGAAAUGGGCAAAAACGUAUUUCAUUCCUAAAAAUGUUUACCAAAAUAAAAUGUUUGCAAAAAUAAAUGUUCAUAAUAGUUUUUUAGAUACACAGUUAUAAGUCUUUUGAUUGAUAAAAACUAUAUUAACUUGUUUGGAGUCCAGACCUGUUGAAAUUUAUUGAGUUAUAAUUUAAAAAAACAAUUUUUAUGUGUGUAACAGAUAUUUGAUUAACACAAUUUUAAGUUUGUUAAUUGAAUUCAUUUUCAAUAGAACUUCUGUCAUAGUUUUGAUUAAAACAAUUUAUUAAAUCAUCUAGUUUAAAAUAAUAGUUGGCAAAAAUAAAUUAGUCUUUAUAAUGAAAAUUAUAAAAUAUAAUUUAUAUACAUUAUUCUAUUGUAAAAUUAUCAGUUAUAGGGAUAUUCUAAUCUUAUGUUUAUUUGAUUAAUUGAUUUGCUAUUCAUCUAGUGUUAAUUUUAGUGACUGAUGUAAUUGUUAUUUGUAUAUAUUUUAUUUGGCAAGAUUAGAAAGAAAACUAGAUAUUUUGUUUGUAGUUUUAUUAAUUUGAAGCAUUUGAUUGUGAUGAUCGGUUGGAAAUAGUAUCUAAUAUAAUCAAUGCAUAUUUAAAAUGAGCUUGAAAUGACUCAAUAAAUAUUGGAGCUCAUAAUCUUAAUAUAAUUAAUUAUGUUUGAUAAUAAAUCUAUAGAUACCAACAUUUUCAUUUUUAAUCUUAAUGGCUAUUAUAAUUCAAUUUUUUAAUUUUUUGAGUGCAACAUGGUACUAUAUAUUUUAUACUAUAUUAUAUACACUAUUACAUUUAAUUAUUAUUAAACUAAAAUUCUAUAAUACACGUAAAAUUGUUUUUGCCUUGUUACUUAAUGGAAGUAGUUCACCAAAUAGUUAUCUUGUGAAAAAAAAGAAAUAAUAUUAUCAGAAUGACUAGUUAUUAUUUUAAUUUUCUGUAAGUACACAAAUGUAGUAUUUGUUAUGUCAUGUGUGAUCUACCAUGACUAUUAUGAAUUAGAUGUAUGAUUGAUUUAAAGGCAUAUUACCUAAUAUUAUAUUAUUGACUACCAAA